AUGAAGGGUUUCAUCGGCGGAAUCCCUGUGGCACUGCUCGCAGUCGCUGCGCAGGCCCAGUAUGCUGAACGUCACGAGCAUGACUUCCACCCGCAGGCUGGUGGUACCGCCAUCGGUGGGCCAUCUGGCAAUGAUAACGACGGUGGCUUCGUCAGCCCGUACUCCGCUAGUAUCAAGACUGAUACCAAGGUCAACCAGUGGAACAAGGAUGACCACUCUAUUAAGCUGAAGCACACCGAUGUGUACCCUCGCCCUCCGGUGGUGCCUGUGCCCUUUGGCCACCCCGUUGCUCACGGCCCCCAGGUCCCUGGAAUGGGACCCUUUGGAAAGGAAAAGCGCGGUGGCGCUCCAGGUGGAACUGCCAUCGGUGGCCCCUCCGGAAAUGAUGAGGGCCAGAGCUUCGAUAUGUCUUUCACUGGUGUGUUCAACACCGAGGUUGAAGAUGAAAACAAGGAUGACCACUCCAUCGACAUCAAAAACAAGAAUAUCUAUGCUCCUCCUCCUUUCGUUGUGCACCCUCCCCCUUACUACGGCGGGCCUUCUCGCCGCGGCGAAAACCGUCCUGCUGCAGUUGGGAAGCGCUUCGGGCCUCACUUUGGUGGCACCGCCAUUGGUGGACCCUCCGGCAACGAUGGUGGCCAGAGCUUCAGCGCUCCCACUAACAUUCAGACUUCGACUGAUGUUAGUGAGCACAACGAGGAUGAUCACUCCAUCGGUCUGAAGCAUGAGGAUAUCUACGCUCACCCCUUUGGCCCCUUCCGUCGCUCUGAGAACCACGGCCCUGCUGGCCACUUUGAGCCUCACCCUGAGCCUCACUUCGAGAACCACCCGGAGCCUCACUACGCUCCUCACUACAGCCCUACCUAUGCGCCUCACUACGAGCCCCACACCACCCUAGAGCAUGAGAUCACUUCGUUGAAGAACAACAACAACGGUCCUGCCGCUGGCAGCAUUACAUUUGGUCGCCGUGGUGUGCCUGGGCCCCAUGGACCCCCUGGUCACUUUGAGCCUCACCCUGAGCCUCACUACGAGAACCACCCGGAGCCUCACUACGCUCCUCACUACAGCCCUACCUACGCGCCUCACUAUGAGCCUCACACAACAUUCGAGUCUGAGAUUACCUCGUUGAAGAACAACAACAACGGUCCGGCUGCUGGAAGCAUUGUCUUUGGCCGUCGUGCGUACGCACCUACCCCCGAGACUAGCGUUGGGGGUGGUACCGCUAUUGGAGGUCCAUCUGGCAACGACGGGGGCAGUGACUUCUCCGCUCCCAACAACGUCGAUGUCAGCACCGAUGUGAACGAGCACAAUGAGGAUAACCACGCUAUUACGGGUGACUUCACCCACGUCCACCCUGGUGCUUCUCCUGAGCACGCCCGGGAGGAACAUGUUGAGGCCCCUCAGUGCGCUGCGCAGGUGCACCAGGUUGUUCACACCGUGACCAAGACUCAAUACAAGACUGCUGAGGCAACACAGGCGGUCUCUCCGUCGGCUCCCGCCUUCCAGCACGAUUCCAUCCCUGCCAACGACCCCCACCACCCCGCUGGAGCCGAGGUCUACGCCCCCUCAGGUCCCGCUCCUUCCAGCCCUGCCGACGCUCCUCACCACCCCGCUGGAGCCGACGCCUACGCUCCCCCAGCUCCCGCUCCUUCCAGCCCUGCCGACGCUCCUCACCACCCCUCUGGAGCCGACGCCUACGCUCCCCCAGCUCCCGCUGCUUCUAGCCCUGGUGCUGAGCACCCCUCCGCUGGCUACUCAGGCUGGGCCCAGCCCUCCGGCCCAGCUGACCCCUCCGGCAGCUUCCCUCAGAAAUCCGUUGGAGCUGCCUCCUACCCUAGCUUCCCCAAGCCCUCCACUGGAGCUGACCCUUACGGUAGCUCCGCCAAGCCCUCCAGCGGAGCUAAUCCCUACCCUGCCUCGGCUCCCGCUCCUUCUGACUAUGCUGCUCAGCGUCCCUCGUACUCCAAGAUCGCUGUUCAUGUACCUAUGGCAACCCCUGCCGAAUAUGGUUCUUUCUCCCAGCCCACUCCCUCUGUCAGCGGGGGCAAGGUGAUCCCCACUGGCGCCUUCGCCGAGCACAAGGCUUCUCCUUCUUCCUCUGCGUCCGCUGCUGUCUCCCAUGGAGUCAUGUUCGAGGGUGGUGCCGCCCGCCUGUCUGGCGGCAUUGUCUCCGCUGCUGCUGCUGUCAUGGGUGUCCUCGCCUUCAUCCUAUAG